AUGGAUCAAGGAAAAAGUGAUUCAAAUGAGGUAAACGAUAACAACGACCAUGUGAGCACAGAUCUAUCUCCAUCUAGUUUAAAUGAAGUCAUGAUUCCUAAGAUUGGCAUGACUUUUAUAUCUGAAGAUGAAGUUCGUAAUUUUUAUAAAUUAUAUGCUCAGAAUGUUGGUUUUGGUAUUUCCAAAUUAGGUGGUAAAAAGGGAGAUGAUGGAAAGCAAAAAUAUUUUUGUUUUGGAUGUGCCAAAAGUGGUAAAACAGUAUCUCAAGCCAAAAAAGCUUUGUACCCUAGACCUUCUAUUAAGACAAAUUGCAAAGCUAAGAUUAAUGUUGUUAUUCGGAAUGAUGAUAACUUUGUGAUAAAUAGUGUAUCUCUUGAACAUAAUCACGUCUUGAGCCCAGGAAAGUCACGGCAUUUUAGAUGUAAUAAAUUAUUGGAUUCAACUACAAAGAGGAAACUUGAAUUAAAUGAUCAAGCAGGAAUUACUUUAAGUAAAAGUUUUCAUUCAUUGGUAGUUGAGGCUGGAGGCUAUGAGAAUUUGACAUUUGAUGAGAGAAAGUGUAGGAAUUAUAUUUCAGAAGCUAGAAGGUUGAGGUUAGGGGAUGGAGAUGCUGAAGUCUUGAGUAAUUAUUUUUGUCGCAUGCAAAGUCGGAACUCUAACUUCUUUUAUGUGCUUGAUUUAGAUGAAGAGUCUCGAAUAAGAAAUGUUUUUUGGGCAGAUGCAAGAUGUAGGGCUGCAUAUCAUUAUUUUUCUGAUGUUGUGACUUUUGAUACAACUUAUUUGACUAAUAGUUAUGAUAUGCCAUUUGCUCCUUUUGUUGGGGUGAAUCAUCAUGGUCAAUCCAUUUUGCUUGGAUGUGGAUUAUUAUCAAGUGAAGAUUCAGAAACAUUCAUAUGGUUGUUCAAAUCUUGGCUGACAUGUAUGCUUGGGCGUGCUCCAAAGGCCAUAAUCACAGACCAGUGUCGUUCCAUGGCAAUUGCUAUUGAAAAGAUAUUUCCGGAUUCUCAUCAUCGUUUGUGUCUUUGGCAUAUAAUGAAAAAAUUACCAGCAAAAUUUGGUGGGCAUGCUCAAUAUAAGCUGAUAAAGAAACAAUUGAAGAAUAUUGUUUACAACUCACUUAGUAUUGAUGAAUGUGAUGAGAAUUGGAUGAAAAUGAUUGAGAUUUUUAAUUUAGAGAACAAUGACUGGUUGAAAUCUUUGUAUGAACAGCGGAAUAGAUGGAUACCUGUGUAUGUCAAAGAUAAGUUUUGGGCAGGUAUGUCUACAUCCCAAAGGAGUGAAAGUAUGAAUGCUUUUUUUGAUGAAUAUGUUCAUUCGAAAACUUCUUUGAAGCAAUUUGUUGAACAGUUUGAUAAUGCUCUGAAGAAGAAGAUUGAAAAAGAAAAAAAUUUGGAUUUUGGUUCUUUUAAUUCUAUGAUACCAGUAAUUUCUGGUUAUCCUAUUGAAAGACAAUUUCAAAGUUUCUACACUAACAACUUAUUUAAGUUGUUCCAAGAUGAGAUAAGAGGGUUGAUGUUUUGCAAUACCUCACUAGUGAGGCAAGAAGGGGUUGCUUUUAUAUUUGAAGUGGUAGAAACAUUGUUGGGAAAAAAUGGAGACCCUAUAAGAGAUGCUUCCUUCAGGGUAGAUUAUACUGAGUUAGAUUGUCAAGUUAAGUGUCUAUGCCAUCUUUUUGAGUUUCGGGGAAUUUUAUGUAGGCAUGUGAUCUCUGUGUUGAUACGAAUGAAGGUGAUUGAGGUUCCUAUGAAUUAUAUUAUGGAUCGAUGGCGCAAAGAUAUUAAGCGUGGUUAUCAAAGUGUCACUAACAUUUAUGAUGAAUAUGUUUGUGAUGGAGAAAGACAUCGGUAUAAUAUUCUCACUCCAUUGAUACAAGAGGUUCAACAUCUUGGGGCAAAUAAUGACGACGGUUGUUCUGUUUUGGUGGAAAUCUUGAAAGAUGCGAAGGAAAAAUUGAUUGCUAUUCAAAUAGAUCAUUCAAGAGUGGACCAUUUGAAAGAAGCAUCUACAUCGAGUUCAAAAACAAUACACUCUCCAUUAAAAGUAAGAUCUCGAGGUCGUCCACCCACAAAGAGGAAACAAUCUAAGAUUGAACAAAUUAUGAAGAAAUCAGUUGCAAAGGCCAGAAAAAAGGGCUCUUUGUUGAAUACAAUGUUAGGUCAUUCAUUCUGUGACAACCAGCCAAUCAACAACAUAAUGAUGACGACAACAACCAGCCAUUCAAUUCUUUCUGUUCUCAAAAACCAGGAGCUAGUGACCAGAGAGGAUCCCAUAGCACAGGAUGCUUGGAAAAGGAAGUUUUCAUCAAACGCAUUUAUAUGGCAGCUUCUUACAUCCUCAAUUCGGGCAAAACCUUUGCAAAUUAACUAUGAUAAACGAGACCCCAAAUCAGUCUUCAGCUGGUUAGAUAGAUGGACCACUAUCAGUUUCUCAGUGCCUACAGCCAAAUCGAAACGGAGAAUUAAUUUGAAAGGCCAAAACAAACGAGCUGUGGAAAUUGAAUCAGGAAAAUCAAGGCGCGUGCAAAAUAAUUCUGCUUCAAAUACUGCAACUGGUCAAUCAACAAAUACCAACAAUGAACCUGAAAAGGCAAAGAGGAAUCUGAAAAAGCUUUCAACUUUCAAGUAUGUUGAAGUGGGUGCUGGUACCAUCAUCACGUUUCCUUUACAACAUUUGCAAGCAUCUAACUGUCAGUCCAACCCAUUUGGUUACAUCCAAAUUAUUGAAUUCUACAUAGAGAUCAUUAAAGAUGUUUUUUUCCCUUUGUUUUAUAAUGGGAAAAUGCUGGGAGAACAGAGUUUGAGCACUCUAGCGAAAAGAUUGAUCGCUUUGGAUGCCACAUCGUUCGCGGCGCAAAUUCGAGAUGCAGUUUCGAGCUGCAUAUCAUUUCUCAAAGAUAUAUUACCUAAUCCAAAUAUCUAA